AGUUAUUUUCUAUUGAGUUGACAGGUAUGUUGGUAGCACUGAUACUUGAGGUUUGUCAUCUGCCGAAUCCCCUAAACGUCAAAAUGCGAAGGUUAUGAUAUCUGUCACAAUAUUUUUUGAAAAAUGGAUGAUUUACAGCUUUCUGAUACAUUACAAAGAUAUUUUUCCGAUGUUUUCUUGUGUUGUGAUGAAGAUAAUUCCGGUAAAGCAUCAUUAGCUAAGACAGUCGAACUUAUUCAAUCAGGGAGUGUACCUGAGGAUGUCAUUUCGCAAAUUUCAGACAUUUGUUGGACACUAGGCACCAAUUAUCUCAACAAAAAACAAUUCUUUUCUGCAUUAAAGCUUGUAGCAGCCUAUCAGGCUAAUAUUCCUAUCAGGAGUGAGGUUUUAACUUCAAAAGUUGAACUACCUUUGCCCCGUUUCACAUGGACUGUUAUAGACAACAAGAGCCCCAUAGGAGAUUUGAUUGAACUUAGAAAUGAGCCAAAUGAUUAUUCUGAACAUGUCGAUACUAGUACAGAUUCAGAAAUAGAGAGUGAGACUGUUAAAAAUGGAUCCCCAGAUGCUUCUAGCGCCACAUCCGAUAGUCCCACACCAACUAAUAGUGUCCAAGAUAGGAGUUGGUUAGUGUCGGGAGUGUGGCAUGGACUGAUUUCAGAAGAACAAAGACAAUUACUAGGUACUGAAGAAGAAUCAUCAGAGAAACAUAGUAGCGAAGAUGACACAGAAGUUUCUAGCGAAGUUUGGACUAUAACCAAUGAACAAAGAGAAUACUAUACAAAUCAAUUUAGAUCCCUCCAACCUGACACCAAUGCCUUAUUAGCUGGUCCCGUAGCUCGAACUUUUUUCGAGAGAUCCCGUCUCCCCAUACACGAACUUCGGAAAAUAUGGCAGCUGGCGGACGUAACCAAAGAUGGCGCUCUAUCGUUGCAUGAAUUUAACACAGCAAUGCAUCUGGUUGUGUUAAGAAGGAACCACAUUGAACUACCUGAUGUUCUGCCACCCACUCUCGUACCUGGAAACGAAACUCCUUUGUCUGUGAGUCCAGAAACUGAACCUAUACUAUCACCUCAAACUAAAGACACUGCUAAAGAAUGGACCAAAUUCGUCGAUAGCCCAACUAGUUCUGUUUCAUCACCCGGACCUAAACCUGUCAAUUUUGAUUUUCAGAAAGUUACUUUAGACAAAGAUUCUAAAAUACUUCAUCCGGUACCGUUACGUCUAACUCCGGAAGUUGCCAAUAACCAAGUCGAUGAUCAGCCUGAUGGCAUCGAUUUGCAUAGUCCUAAGAAAUUCGCCGAUAAUAACGCACUGAAUCUUACGCAGAAUCUGCAGAACUUGAGUGCACAAAACAGCGCUAUACAGCGCCCCCAGCCGAAGAAAAUUAAUAUUCCCGGUCCGGGAGCAAUACCUCCACCGCCAACUAAUCAAAAUAAUACCGAGGAAGGACCAGUCAGCUUGCCUGCGUUUCCUCCACCUAAAAAAGAAAAGCCGCCUCCUCCACCGCCUCGUCCUUUCAAGACUCAUGGACGUAGUUCGUCGUUAGAUUUAAACAGGCUCACUAAACUCGGCGCUCCGCCCACUGUGCCACCUCGCAUCAGUCCUAAUAUCCAAGGAGCCAAGAAACUUAUCAACCAAAGAUCUGAAGGAGACUCUGCAUCUCAAACCGAAACAUUCGCCAAUUUCGAUCAAUUUGAAAAGUAUGAAAAUGUUUCAGAAGGGAUUUUCCGCGGUGACGUUUACGAAGCCGAAAGGAAGAAGCUUUUCGCCCAGUUUUCCCAACCUAGUACCAGUGACGACCCGCCGAGAAAACACGGAGCUUUUGAGAUUUACAGAAAACCACAAGCUAGAGGGAAAGACAGCCCCGUGUCACAAGAGGACAAAGCUAAAUGGCAACUAUUUCAACAGCUACAAGAGGAGAACACUGUGCUCCUGAGGAUCUGCCAAGAACUCAGCCAGGAGUUGGCUGAACUCAGGGAGGAAAAGUUAACUCUGAAAGUUAGGUUAGAAAAACAGUUGAGCGGAGGUUAAUCAGGUUGAAGAUGAUAUAGUGGUUUUUAUUAUCAUGUAUAUUUUACUUCCUCGUCGGUAUCUCGAACAUCUAUUCUAUUACGUUAUAGUUUCUUUUUGACCCAGCUACUAUAUAUAAUAUUUAGUUGUCUUGAUUAGAGCUAAGUGGACUUAUUCUUACAGACUCAAAAAUGGUAAAACUAAACGGCAAAUAAAGAAAUGUAAUUAAAUAAAAGUUAUUUAACCAACAAGUGUAUUAAUAAGGGCGAUUAACAAUUGAGAUAUUUUGUUCGAGAUUGUUAAUCGCCAUUUUAAUUCACGAGUUCGUUACAAAACGUUUCCGUCGACCGUACUUUUCAGAAAUAAAGAUAUCUUUAGUUAUCUAAAGUUUAAAUUUUUAUUUGCUUAACGAUAAACAACAAUUUGAGACAUACAAUGACAGAUAGUACUAGCAGCGGCUACUUGAUUUUAAAUUUUUUAGUGGGAAUAUAAAUAGGGAUAUGUUUGGUUGCCUACACCAAAGGUCACUGCCAAUCACAGAGCGUUUAAUUAAUUUAUGCAAGCAAUGUAUGUUGUAUUGCCUAUAAUGCAAUCGUUCAUUAAUAGAAAAUCAUUCAUUAAUAGGGGUCAUUAAUCGAUGAUUUUGAGGGUGUUAAAAUUGAUCAUAAAUGGACGGUCGACGGAAAAAAUUAUUAAACUAUUGAUAUAGUCCAUUGAAAUGUUAAAUUUAAGGUUGCAUUUCUUAGAGGAGUCAAUUUUAUUUUUUUAAUGUGUAGGAGUGUUCCGUAGAAGCUUAAGUUCAAGUUUUUGGGGUCGCCAUAUCGCCACCCUUGUCCCCCGGCGGCCAUCUUGGAAAAAGGGGUGCAAAGGGCUUUCGCGCUGUAUCUAGUAAACUAGCAACCCUACAGAAAAUUUAAUUACACAUAAAAUGUAGCAAAUUAAAUUUUCUACAAUUUUAUAUCUAUUACUUUUUAUCGUCAAGUGACCAACAAAAAAGUUAUAAACAAAAAUAAGAGAAAAUUUUGUAAGAAGUUUUCCUUCUGGAGGUUAUAACUUUUUUCCGUUCAUUUCACAAUAAAAUAACAUCAUAGCGAUUUUGUAGAGGAUUUUUCAACGAACAAUUUCCACUAUAAAGUUGUUUAAUUUUAUUUAUUUAUCUAGGUUUUACAGCGCUCCAAUCUUGACCAGGUUCUCGAAUUCUCAUAGGAAUACAAUAAAAACAAAACCUUAAGCUUACUUUUCUAUCUAUCUAUAUAUUUAUUAUGAUUUUAACAUUCAUAUGCUAUUAUUAAGCUAUUUUUGACCCUUUCCCCGCUACCUAUGAGAUAGCGUCUGGAUGCGCGUUUUUUGUAUGGUAUCUCCAAUAGGCCUAAUCCACGGACAAUUUCUAGACAAAAUAAUAUUAUUUUUAUAUCUUGAAAAAUAUCUAUCAUAGUUAUUAUUUCUUCAUUUUUUUCGAUGGUCCAGGCUGCGAGUCAAGAUCUGAAUCAGUAUCCGAGGUGAAUAUUUGUGGUAUAAUGAGAGUUAUAGUUGGCGUUAUUGUCGGUAAUUCCUCUUAAAAUUCAUUUUCUUCAAUAAUUAAUGUUGAUAUGUCCACGAUGUUAUUGCAACUUUCACCACCACAAUAAAGGCUCACAAAGGUCUGCUUUUCGGCAACCACAUGCACUUUCAGUUUUCAUUGCAUCUGCAAAAGAUAAAUUUAAUAAGCUCGGGGGUACUGGAGGUUUGGAAGUUUGGAUUGGUAUCCAAAAUUUUCCAUGCUUUUUCCAGCCCCAAUCUUCUGGAUCACAAUGUUUACCGAGCCAUGACUGAAUCCGGUGCUACACUCGGAGUCUGUGGAAACAGGCUGCAUCUUGUGUUGGAGGAAGUGAGAACAGAUUAAAUGCAUUUUUUAUCACUGUUUUAGCGAAUCGUUUGUAUCUCAGGGUUUCCAGAGAAACGUCUUUAUUUCCGCCAUAUAAAGAGACGAUAAACAUUCACCGACAACAGUGAGUAACGCCACACCACUCA